AUGCAAGUUGUCCAAAUUCUGCUGCGGUAUCCUCACACCUACGAUCAAAUGGUGCGUGAGGGCUAUGUUGCCCUUCUGGUACGUGAAGUCUGCGAUCCGCCACAGCUGGAUGACGCCGAGACAAUUUCGCUUUCAAGCUCGGUCUCUGCCAAAAUCAUGAGAACCAGCCAGCGCUUAGCAACGUGGUCAACAAGGCGCGCAGCUGCUCUGGCUCUUUUCCGGACGAUGCGGCUGAGGAGCAGCCUCCUGUCCGCCAAAGAUGCUCCAGAGCUGAUGGAGACGCUGUCGCAGACCAUGGACAAGCUGGCAGCUGUCAAAGAGGGAUUGGCUGCAAAGCUUCCUGGGGAAGGCCAGGAGCCAAAGCAGGUAGUCGCUAGCGGCUCUCAGGCUGCAGAGGACAAGCAGGUCAUCAUCACAGCAUUGUCUGGCGCCGUGAAUAUUGUGCGGUCCAACCUCUCGAAAUUCUCAGAGGCCCUGGCCAUGAGCCUGCAGGGUGCCGGGGUGCCCACGAGCCUGGAGACCCAAGACCCGGCCCUGGUCCGCAACAUCCUGCGGACGCUGAUCAGAAUGGUGGCCUUUGAAGACUGUCCGACGCGCUUUGUGGAGUCCCAGCACACCUCGUCCGAGCUCAUGCUGGGCUCUUUGCAAUCUGACGGGCGGGGAUACCUGGGUGGGGAUGUAGCAGCCCGGGACUCGGACAAGGAUCAUGUGGAUGGCGCCUAUGCAGGCGCCAUCCGACAGCGAGAGUGUUUCGCUGUCAUAUUCCAAUGGCCACCAGCCUCAGUCGAACUGGAUCCCAUUCCGAUAGGGCGUGGUGCUGUCAAGAUCUUCGUGGAAGGUGAGCUUGCAGCAAUGUUCAACAAGACUGUGCAGAUGAAGGUUGGCUCCUCCACACCUACCUACAUUGAGCUUUCGGGUGACAGCUUCGAGUGGCAGUUUAUCUACGAUCUGGACAAGGUGUCAGCUGACAAGGAAGCAGUGCAGCUGGGAACGGGUGGUAGCAUGGAAGCCCUGCAGAAGACCACGGAGGCAAUCACAGAUGAGAACCUCGGCUAUCGCUUGUAUGUCCUCCCGUGCUUUGAAGCCACAACUCUGGAAGAGGUGAAGGAGAAGCGUCAGCUGGUGAUGGAUCAGCAGCUCCUCGUGCAUCAAAUUGUCAAGCUGCACUCCAAGACCGUGGAUGGUGGCCUAGUGGGUGCAGACAAGGCGCUGCAGGAGGAGAUCGACAGCGCCGUGCUGAUGCUGCUGUCUUACCUGGCACACCUCGGGGAGGAUGAGCCGCACGCAGCCAUCACUUCGGAGGCAGAGAUCUUCACCCUCAUGUACAAUGUGCUCUUGAGCCGGCCAUCCGUCGCUGAGCUCCGAGAUCCCGCGAAGCGGAUGUCAAUGACGGACGAGCACGUUGCAGCUUCCAGGUUCUACUACGGGCUGUCCCUUUCCGAACAGGGCCGCAGCAAUUUCGUGCAUUAUCAGCAGGCUGUCGAGAAGGUUGUUGAUCUCGCGGCGGAGGAGUCCGCAAACAGCAUCGGAGUUGGUUACACCCCAGGAUCUGUGGUGGAUCCGCAUCAGGUCACCUGCCACGAUCGCGGGUACAUCAUCAAGACCUUGACGAACUUCUCUUGCACUCCGGCUACGUGGACGUUGCCCAACACGCUUCUGCUCCUGAGGCCCGACUCCGAAGUCCUCUUCACCGAGUGCGAGUUUGCCCGCGGAAGUACUUCUUGGAGUCUCAGCUUCCACACCUACCUGAACGAAGAAUUCAACAGUCCGGGUAAGGUGGCAUGGAUGGUUUACAAGGGUUUCACGGCGAGUGAUAUCCAGAUGGCCGUUGGAAUCUCAUCUUCAGAGACAUUGGGAAACCGCGCAGGUCUUCACCCCCUCGUCUUGAGGUUCACCCACAAUGCGGCACCCUAUCAGUUCGUGAUCAAGACGAAACCCAUGGAAUGCUUCAAGUGGACUCACCUCUGCAUCUGCCUGGACCACUUCGUCCUGAGCCUCGCUGUCAACGGCGAGCUGACAUGGGCAGAGGAGAUUCCGAACGAGAUCCAGCUGAUGUGCUCCUACGGGACGGCUGACCUCUGCAUCGGCUGCCCGGGCUGGGAGUUUGACAGGGCGCCCGGCCGGCCUGCUUCCGUGUCUCUUCUCACUGCUCUUAGCUUGGGGCGUGAUCGCACGCGAAACGGGGAUGGCACAGCCUUCCAGGGAGAUCCCCCACGCAUGGAUCUACUGUGGGCUGCUCGGGGCGUGAACAUCUUCGGCUUCAAGUCCCUGGAGCCGAACGAGGCGCUCUUCAACAAGCGCCGCGAGGAGCUCAUCGCCUGGAAGAGCACCCACGAAGAGUUCGAUGAACUUGGGCGAAGCGGUGUGGAUCUACUGCCAAAUCCACUGAGCAUGCCGGUCGCCGUGCGUGCCAGCUUCGACACCCGACAGGUGGUGGCUGCCCGGCAGGGCGUGGAGGUGCUCUGCGAGCUGCUCUCCGGCGGCUCCGAGGCGCAGCGCCGGAGCGCUGUCUUCGCUCUCCGGAACCUGGCCGACCCCGCCGUCACCGCUGGCCUGCAGGGAGCCCCGGGCAUCUGCCGCUUGUUGAGCUUUGGGGAAGCCCCUCUCUUCUCCUAA